GCAGAGGAAACUUUCAACCCCGCCUCUCACGCGGUUGGUUGCACCGCAGGGAAAGUCACCUCGUCGGGUCGGUCAGAACAGAAGCUACUGUGAAGCUAGCAGAGCUAGCAUGGUCAUAUUAGUGUGAGUGGAAGGUCGACAGUAGGACAGCAGCAUCCUCUCCUGUCACUUUAACUUCCUGCCGUGUAUCUAUUUGACAGCAGCGCGCAGAUAACUGAAGCUCCUGAAAUUCUCUGGAUUUAAACACAAGGUCCUCAGCUAGCUAAGCCUUUAGCGAGCUAGCAUCAAGUUCCGCUCAGUGUCUUAUUUCCCACCUUCAUAAAUUUACGGUCAUGGCUGCACUGAGAGCGUCCUAUCACCGGAUUCUGGACAGGGUCGAGCACAUGCUGCCCGCCAAACUGAGACCUCUGUACAACCACCCGGCAGGUAAUGCACAGUUUAACCCCCACCUGAGUCCUCGGACCCGGGCUGGGGUUUGUUUGGGACGUGUCAGCUGUUAGUGUUGGUGAUGUUGAUGCUCGAACCUCGACCUCCAUCCAGCCUGUUCUUGGUGUCUGAGCUGUGUGAAAGUCAGGGGUUCAUUGUUGUCAGCGUUGCUGUGGGAGACCCUGAUCUGCAGGGAUAACUGGGUCAGUCUGUGGUGAUGGUGGUGAGGGGGUUUAUGGCAGGAAAACUGCUGCCUUGAGUCAUAUUAAUAUCACAUAACUUUAGUAAAUAGAAUAAAAGUCCCAUGAUAAUGGAGAAUAAGAAUAAUGAAUAUUGUUAUUAUUUUACAAGUCUGCUCCUCUUCCUUAAUAUGGCUCAUAAUAUUUUCCAGAAAAAAAUGGAUAAGUGUGAAAAAUAAUGAUCUUUUCUCUGACUGAGAGACUUGGAGAAAGUUGUAUGUGUCUCAACCUGCCCUACAUAAAUCUGGAACUCUAACUUUUUAUGCAAAAAAGGUAAAAAGAGGAAACAAGCACAUCGUCUCAAUUCUGACUCUCCAAGGCUGGUAUUUAAUGAUUGGAUUCUUAGCUCAAAAUACAUACUCUGUAUGGACUUAAUUGCUAUCAAAGCCACUUAAAUUAUCAUUAUUAUGCUUUCAACAUUUAUCCUGAUUUCCAGUAUUAUUGAUUUUUCCCAGUCUAGUGAUGCAAUGUUGAAAAUUUGAGUAAUCUCUACAACUUUCUGUCUCUUCAGGAGGGUUUAUUUUGGCAGCUCAUCUUUUAUUAAAGACAGCAGACUAUAUAAGGCAGAAAGAAAACUGUCCAGUAUGAUCCAAGCCAACAGCAGUAUUAUUCUCAAAUUAGAGUGCCUUAUAAAGUGGACAAGUUUCUUCUGUUCAGUCAGUACAUCUUACACACACAGUGAGCUCUUUGUGACGUUGUUAUUAACCAGAGAGGACUGAGAUUAAGGAGUCUUUGGCGUCACUGAGGACAGUCCGAUCUCAUGUUUUGUCUGUAUAAGAGACCCGCAGCUCUGAUUGUCAAGGGCAACUUUUUCAAGUUUAAAGUGGGCGGCAACAAAAAGCCACCUCCCUCCAUACUGAUUUGCGGUGACUGAAGUCUCACGUUGAGUCUGAGUCUGAGUCUGGCCUGCAGCACUGGGCGGGAUUGUUAGGGAAAGCUGGUUUCAGAUCAGCUGCCUUUUUAUGGUCCUGACCUGUACAUUUUCUCCCUUUUGCACAAGUCUUAAGUGAGGCUCCAACUCGCCUGUCUGGUUUGACAUCUUAUCUUUCUGCUAACUAGAUAAGCCUUGAGGACAGAUAAACUGUCUGAGUGAGAAAACACUGAAAAGACAAACCAAGACAGUAUAUCACCAAUAUACUAUUUAUCUGUACAAAAAGAUAGCUGUCAAGGUCAAGGCAUGUUUUCACUGUGGAGUGACAUGAAUAAGAUAUUUUAUGUCAUGGCUUUGCAGCGUGUUUGUUCUUAUUGUGGUUUUCUGUUUGGAGGUUGAAGCAAAUUCAUACAUUGUCCCAUAAAAAUAGACAGAAUCAACCUUUAAAAAGUUCUUAGGUGGUGUUUUAUUAACUUGUAUAGGAUUGUAAUCGACAAUCAGUAACAAAAGCAACUCACAUUAAGCUUAAUUGAAGUUUUGUGCUGCUCAAAAUCAGCCUCUGAAAGAAGACAUGAGGUUAUUUAGUGCAAUCUAAAGGUCAGAUUCUAGCUUGAAACACUCCCUUGCUUACCCCUCUCGUUACUAAAGUGAUGGUGGCCUUUGAGGACAAGAAGUGCCCGUGACGCGUAAUAAGUAUGAUUUUCUAUUUGACACAUUUUUUCUAUCAAAAACUUCUGCCAGGCCAUUUUAUUUUGCACACAGUUACUCUCUAUAUCACAAGUUUGUCGAUUCUGUGUUCCCACAAACACAUGACUGUACAAGGUGGUGGCCUCUGUGAAAGGAGACCACUCCUGUAUAGAUGUAAAAUACUAAGUUAAAGUGAACAAAAACAAAAGUUUAAAAACAAGAAUGGCAAAAGUUCUUGAUCUCAUCUGUCUUUUUUUUUCUGAGAUGACUUUGAGAGGCUGAAUGAGAUAUCGGUGUUCAUUUGUAGAGUUUAACAUUAGAUUUUUGCGUUACUAAGUGAGUAUUAUUCUUUUGUGUUAUCAAUAACUUUCAGAUUUUCAUCAUUUGGUGCUUCCUCACCCCGCUCUUGUUAUAAAGCUAACCACACAGAGCCCUUUGAGCUCUCUAUUAGGACUUUAGGACAAGCUGCAGAGUCUACCUGUCACACAGCCACUUAGAGUCAAUUAGACUUAAGUUUAAUCUUCACAGCUAUUAGAAAACACCAGCAGGCAGAUUAGUCUUCUAAAAAUAAAUCAUCUGUGAUACAAAAUUAUAAAACAACAACAACAACAACACCUCCAUCGUCUAAUGUUUUUUUUUCAUUCUCUCUCCUUUUUCUUCAGGUCCAAAAACAGUUUUCUUCUGGGCCCCAGUGUUCAAAUGGGUAAGUGUGCAGCUAUAUUAUUCAAUAUUUUCUCCAGCUUUAAAAAGGGGAGAAAAAUGAAUUGACAUCAAUAACUGACAUGUCUCCUCUUCAUGCUUUCAGGGUCUGGUCAUAGCUGGUUUGGCUGAUAUGACUCGUCCAGCAGAAAAACUCAGUACCUCCCAGUCUGCAGUGCUGACAGCCACAGGUGAGAUUUCUCUGUGACCUCGGUUUGGUGACGUUCUGUGUUUGCUGCCUUAAAUUCUUGGCGUCAUUUUGACAGUAAUCACAUCAUCAGUCUGGCAUGUUAAGAAAUCUGUGUCUGAUCUGGGCUAAAGGUUGUCUGAUGCUUCCCCUUCUUCAAACAAAUCUUAUCUGUGUCUCUUUUGCCAAAACAUAGACUCUGUUCUCGUGAUCAGCAGUUUGUUUAUACUGCCAAUAACCUUCACUCUCACUUUCGUCACCAGGCCUGAUCUGGUCCAGAUACUCGUUGGUCAUCAUCCCAAAGAACUGGAACCUGUUUUGUGUCAACUUCUUUGUGGGCAGCGCAGGAGCUUCUCAGCUCUACAGGAUCUGGAGGUUUGUGGUUCAGUUACAAGAUGAUUAAACUAUCACCUAGCAUUGAACGACAUGACUCAUCUGAAUGAUCGAUUAUAAUAAUUGAUCACUGAUAAAUAUGAAUUUCCCUCUCACUGCUGAUAAGAAUUCAUGCUGCAGGUUAAUGUUUAAACACACUGUAGCUGAUACAGUUCAGAGUGGCAGUAUAUAUAUGAAAUACAGUAGUUGUUAUAUGUGCUCUGUUUUUAACGAGUGACUGACUGAGAUGAAACAUUUACUAAGAGAGUAAAAGUCACUGACUGACUCAGACUCUGUCAUACAGUAAAUAAAGUAAGCAACUAUAGUGAAUGAAUAAGGAAGAUGAUCUCUGCCAAGUCAAGAUUUUACUUUCAUGUUGGAAAUCUGUAUUUCAACCUGAGGGACCAAACCCAGGGACUAAAAGCACACUGUAUAGAGUGUCGCCAUUUAUGUGUGACACAAAAACACGAGUUGUUGAAAGUUUGGCGUUUGUGAAAACAAAUGUAUGCACACUCUUGUUUAUUUACACGACCCUGUACUUUUUUGUGUUUUGGUUAUUUGAGUUGCUUUUGUUCCUCAUACCCUGACCUGAUCAGCUGACUUUGAUAGGAGUGACAUAAGAACAAAAAGCUUUUGACAACUUAUCGCUAAGUUUUUUCAGAUGCUAUGGUGGAAUGGAUCAGAUCAGUGUUUUUCAACUCGUAAAUGUCUCAUAAUUGAUAAAAAAAAAUUACUGAUACUGUUUAACUAAUUUUUGUUUUCAAAAUUAAAACACCACACACAAUCUCCAAUGAUUUAAAUCCUUUUCUAUCUGUUAAAAACCUUAAAAACAGUUUUCUAUCCUUUACUUCCUCAAAUAUAAAUCUAGUUAUAAAAUGCAGCAUCUUGAUUGGCGGCCGCGAUCAUGCGACACUUCCCUCCAUCAACCUGUAAGCACACUUGCAGUCAGGAGGGAAAAACUGAAAACAAAAUGGAGAGACAAAUGUAAAGACGGCUCAGAGAGGAACGGAGACACUGACACCAAAAAGACAAAAAGAAAAUAUAACAAAAGUUUCCUUCAGUAUGGAUUUACAAGUGUCAUUGAGAGCAAUGAGGAAAAGCCGAAAUAUCUGCUGUGUGGUCAUGUCUUGUCUAAUUCUAGAAAAAAAGUGUCUCUAGGGUCUCCAGAAAUUUGUGAUGUCAAAAUGGGGUCACUGCUCAAAAAAUGUUUGGAACCCCUUGAUUAGAUCGAGUUUAGACUGUGAAAGAGUCCAUGAAUUAUAGCAGAAGAAUUUAAACUCUAAUGGAGAGAAAUAAUCCCAGAUUUCUCAAGGCUCAUCACUCAUCAGGAGUCAUUGCUGUACAAAAUACUCUUGCCUCAUUUGAGUUUUACAUUUCCCAUGAUCGGUCUGAACUCUCAACACUAGUUUCAGCCUUAAUAACGUUGAUCCUCUCCUUCUCUUUUCCUUUCCAUCAGGUACAAUCAGGAUCAGAAGGCUCAGGCUAAAGCAGCUGUAGAGUCCUGAGAGCUCUCUGUUGCCAACACUCCACUUCCUGCAGUGGACUGAAAAAGGGAGACGUCACUCUGGGCACGAGCCUGCCCCCUUCUUCGUCAUCUCCACAUCAUCCCAUGCUGUCUCCAUAACAUCCAUGCCAUAACCAUUACUCCACCAUAUUAAGCCUGUCGUCCCUGUUGGAAAUGUGCACUUUUCCUUAAGUUUCAAAUUUCCUCAGGGUGUUUUGAAAGAAAAAAAAGAACAAGAGAGGACAUUUUUUUUAACUUUAGUCAACACACAGUCAAGAAUGGAGGUCAUCAACGCACAAGUACAACUUACUCAACAAGCUGUAUGAUUGUACAUUCUUUAAUUUAAGUUCAUGCUUUAUAUCUCAUGCACUAGUUGGGAAGUUUUUUUGCUUUUUCCAUCAAUUUUCAGGUGUAGCAAUCAAUACCUCAUGCAAUAAUUUCCCAAAAACACACAUACAUACAUGUAACUCUUGGAUUUGUGUUGAACGUAGUUUAAGGAAUGUUUCCAAAUGAAAUCUAGUGAGGAUGUCAUCAGAUUAAUAUUUUCAUUCACUUAUUUAUAAUUUGGUAUUAGUCAUGCCACCUGUACCUCAUUGAUUAUUAAAUCAUUAUUGAUUACCAUGUAAUGAUUCCUUCCAUCCUAAGGCUUUAAUCUUUUUAACGUGUGUGAGUGCAAAUCAUAAUUUAUGAACCACGUGAUUUAAAGAAAAAGUUCUCAUGUAGUGAAACUUUUAAACUAUAUUUUUUUCUUGUUCUUAUCAGGUACACUUAUACUCAGAUAUCACUUAUUAAACGUGUGCAGUAUAUUCUUGAUUGUUACACUGGUAGUGACAUGCUAACAUUUCAUCAUCAUCAACAUUUCACCUCUUUGUUUCUAAAAAGGUGUUUUAUAUUCCCUCCUAGGUUAGAUUACUUCUUACUCCAGCUAUUCUCACUAUACUUAGACGUCAUCACCCCUGACUGUUGCAGCAAUACCUGGUGUUAUCACUGAAAUAUUUCUUGAUCUGCAGACUGUUUGAACAAACGGCACUUUUAAAGUUGAUCAUGAUGGCUCUGUGGCUAUGUAAUGGAUAUGUUAAACUAAUAAAUCCUAUUUGACGCCUAUGGCUGGUUCAAAGAAUGAAUAUCUGACUCUUGACAGAUAAAAAGUAGCAGGAGCUACAUGUGUUCACAUUUUAGUUUUGGAAUCUGAUACAAUCUCAGUGGGACUGUCCCAACAAGUUUCUGUUUUACGAUAAGCUUGAUAUUCAACCAGUUUGAUGUUAUUCUGCUAUGUAGCAAUGCACCCUUGCAGGUAUCAGUUGAUCAGUAAACAUUAACACUGACCCUGUCAACAGACAUCAGCUGAUCAGUAAAUAAUGUCUCAUUCACUGAUGUCAGUAGCUGAUAUCGAUCUGUAUUCUCUGAUUUUAUCUUCAUCUCAUUGAUAUAAAUCUGGAAAACUGUUACACCUUAUCAGUUCAGAGAAGUGGUUUUUAUGUGCAGAUGAAGCCCCCUGCUGGACAAAUACGUCAGUGCAUGAAAUCCUACAGCUCAUAGAAAAAUGAGAAAGAGAAAAAUAUUGAAGAGUUAAUGUAAACAUCAUCGGUAGCAGCAAUAAACACCUGCUGGAUUUAAAGUUUAAACAUAGGUGAAAGUAUUGGCUCCAAUUUCCAUGAUCGGUGCAUCUCCAAUUUUAUCUGGUUAUUCAGGCACAACAUAAUCAGUUCAUAGAUGCAAAGAUAUUUGGUUUUGUUGUUUAUUUUGACAGUAUUUUGGCUCUACUUCAAACUCAAGUAAGGAACUUUUGGUGUGUGUUGAUUUUGGUUCCCCCAGUUGACAGGACAGGACCUCUCACUGAUCACAUGGUCCUACACUUGUAUUGGUCAUGAUUGUUAAACAAAAGAAAAUUAAAUUUAAUAUAGAGAGAAUCUUUGCUGUAAAAAUUUAAAAAAAAAAAAAGUUUGGUUCUGAGUCGUCUUGUCUGACACAAACACACUGGUGGCUUCUGACAUUAAUUACAGUGUAGAAAAUUUCCACCAUAUCUUCUGCCAUGUUUGCCUCUGAAGAUCAUAAAGAGAAGUCAGUAUUCA